AUGACAUGUACUCUCUUUGCGGAUAAGUCUGGUAACUAUAUUGAUGUGUGGUACUUGUGUUUGUUCAACUCGUUAGACACCCCCACUUGGGCGUGGGGAGUGGCAGAUUUGACCAUGUUGUACACUGCCCUAGAUAUUGCUACACAGCUAGAGACGAAACAGCUGGCUGUGCUGGAUAUACGAGCACUUCCUUCAUUAUGUGAUCGGAAGACUCGGCGUGUCGCUGCUGACCCACCGUGUGCGAGGAGAUGGAAGGCCAGGCGGACCAUUCCUGGAGGUGUGGCUGAGUACAGGCGAAGGCUCGAUGCACUGAAUGUGGACGAUGUGGUAUGGACACCAUAUGCAUCUCACAGCCCUCAUCGUCCAUUUGAUGACGCUUCUUUGUACUCUAGGCAUAUUAGGUGGGAGACCCAUGUGACUAGACACUUGCCUGAGAGGUGUUUACGUCAAUAUGGCUUUAUUCAGACUACCACUCUUCCUGUUCCUGUGGCUCCAGCUGGCGGUAUUGACAGAUGUGUAUCACACCCUCGGAUCAUACUUCCAACCGCUGCUUCUGACGUUCCUGGGCCUUCACGUGCUAGGGUUUCUGUUGAGACACCACCACCACCUCCACCACCUGCAGGGGAUCAGGACGCCCAGUUACAGUAUAUUGCUGUUCAUUUAAAUAACUUCAUGGGUUUGGUAAACCAAAAUAGUGAGCUCUAUACUGAUGAUCUUCUUCUUCUGGUCCCUCCUCUUUCUCUAAUCUUCAUCGUGGUCCCUCUUCUCUCAUCCAUUCUUGUCCCUUUCAUUCAAGUGGUCCCAACAACGACAACUCCUGCUCCUGCUCCGGUCCCAAAAAACGACAAGGGAAUGGGGUUAUUUAAGGUUGUCUUUUUUACCAAUGGCAAAUUUGUAAGAGAUGAAGGGGUAUCAUAUGAAGGGGGCGAUGUUUUUGCUAUAGCUGGUCAGGACCCAGAUUUCUGGUCAUAUUUUGAAGCAUGUGAUUUACUUAAGUCUUUGGAUGCUUCAUUUAUAAAGGAAGAUGUGAAAAUGUGGUGGAAGUCCGAACAUGGCUCACUUGAAAAUGAUCUAAAACCACUUGUUAAUGAUGAGGAUGCAACAUUGUUAGCUAUGUGUGCUGAGGAAACAAAGUCUGAUAUUGAGAUAUAUACUGAGCCAAAAGACAAUGUUAAUUCAGAAGAUAGUGAAUCAAGUGAAGACUCUUUGGAUGGCAUACAUUUUGAAGAUAGUGAAGAGGAGAGGAUGAAUGAUAAUGAUGAAGAUGUAGGUGAAGAGAUCAACAAUUCUGGUGCAGGUGGAGUGGAAGAUGGUGCAGGUGGAGUAGAAGAUGGUGCAGGUGGAAUAGAAAAUGGUGCAGGUGGAGCAGAAAGUGGUGCAGGUGGUAUACAUACAGGAAUAAUGACAGCAGAGAUGGAAAGGGAACACAUAAUUGAUGAUGACUACUUAACAGAUGAGCUUGAUAGUGGGGCAGAUGAUGAUAGUGAUGGUGGUAGGCCUUCAAUGGUAAAGUUUAGGGAUGAUGAAAAACUUAGAAAGGAAUUUAAGUUCAAGGUUGGAAUGGAAUUUUCAUCUCUGAAGCAAUUUAAAAAGGCUGUACUGGAACACAAUGUGUUGAAUGGGAGGGAAGUUAAGUUUGCCAAGAAUGAUGGGGAAAGGUGCAGGGUUAUUUGUAAGGAUAAACAACAAUGUGGUUACACUGUUUUAUGCAGUAGAGUGUUGAGAACUGAAUCAUUCAGGAUUAAGACUUUAAUUCAGAAGCACAAAUGUGGAAGGAAGUUCUUCAACAAGAAUGCUAAUGCUGAUUGGGUGUCUAGAAUAAUUGUGGACAAGUUGAAGAACAAUUCAGGUAUGAAAUUGAAUGAGAUUGUUUCUGAUGUUAGAUUGAGGUUUGCCACAGAAAUUACUGGAUGUAGGGCUUUCAAAGCAAGGCAAAUAGCUAGAAGGGUUGUUGAAGGUGACUCAGCCAAGCAGUACACUAUGUUAUGGUCAUAUGGAGCUGAAUUGAGAAGGGCAUGUAUAGGUAAUACAUUUAAGUUGAACAUUUCUGGUUUGCCACCUAAGUUUGAAAGGUGCUACAUGUGCUUUGAUGGUACAAAGAGAGCAUUCAAGAAUGGUUGUAGACCUUUCAUAGGAUUGGAUGGUUGUCACUUAAAGAACAAAUAUGGUGGAAUAUUGUUGAUAGCUGUCAGUAGGGAUGCUAAUGAUCAGUAUCUUCCACUUGCCUUUGGUGUUGUGGAGACUGAGUGUAGAGACUCUUGGAGCUGGUUUAUGAGGUUGCUUCUUGAAGACAUAGGUUCUGAUAAUAGGUGUUGCUUCAUUUCUGAUCAGCAAAAGGGAUUGGUGAAUGUAUUUGAGGAAGACUAUCCUGAAUUUGAGCACAGGUUUUGCUUAAGACAUUUGUAUGCUAACUUCAAGAAGAAGUUUGGGGGUGGUACACUCUAUAGAGAUCUAAUAAUGGCUACAGCAAAGGCAACCUAUUUUGAAGACCAUGAGGCUAAGAUGAAUCAAAUUAAAGAGGCAAAUCCAGAUGCCUAUGAAUGGAUGAAUGCUAUUCCCAAGAAUAAGUGGUGUAAGCAUGCCUUUCCCUUCUACUCUAAGUGUGAUGUUCUUAUGAACAACCUAAGUGAAUCUUUUAAUGCUACUAUUUUGAUGCAAAGGGAUAAACCUAUACUAACCAUGUUUGAAUGGAUUAGGAACUAUCUAAUGGGUAGGUUUGCCACUCUUAGGGAGAAGGUAGAGAAUUACAAAGGAGUGAUUAUGUCUAAGCCACUUAGAAGGUUAGAUAGGGAGAUAGAAAAAAGUGCUAGUUGGCUGCCCACUUAUGCAGGUAGAUUAACAUUUCAGGUUACUCAUGUAAUGUUCACAGAUAGUUUUGUUGUGGACUUGGCAAAACAUACAUGUUCUUGUAAUUUUUGGGACUUGGUAGGGAUCCCAUGUAGACAUGCUGUUGCAGCCAUUCAUAGGAAGGUAGAUAACCCCAUUAACUAUGUACACAAGUGCUAUCAUAAGUCUACCUAUGUAACAUGUUACAAUGAAGUUAUCAGUCCUAUUAAUGGCCAAAACAAAUGGCCAAAGACCACUGACCCUGAAAUCUUGCCACCUAGUUAUAAGAGAGGCCCUGGCAGACCAAAGAAAUUGAGAAGAAGAGAGGCUGAUGAAGAAAGUCAAACAAGGUGGCAAAGGACUAACACAAGUCAUAGGUGCAAGAUUUGCUUUGAAUAUGGACAUAACAAAAGGACUUGUAAGAAAAACAAACAGCUAGCAGUUAUUGUUGGUGAAGUACCAAGAGAUGUACCAAGAGAUGUAUCAAGAGAUGUACCAACAGAUGUACCAACAGGUGUUGCACCCACCCAAGGAAGCCAAACACCUAAUGUGGGAACUUCUGGAGUAAAACAAAGGGCUUCUGUGCAAAUAGGAGGGAAAUCAAAGAAGUCAAAGUCUACUGCAAAUGUAGGAGGGAAAUCAAAGAAGUCAAAGUCUACUGCAAAUGUAGGAGGGAAAUCAAAGAAGUCAAAGGCUUCUGUGCAAACUAAUGAUGUGCCACAACAUGAAGCUGUAAGUGAGAAUCAGGCUGAAGAUGUGCAAGCUGGAGAUGUGCCUCAUAGCAAUGAGAAUCAAGCUGAAGAUGUGCCUCAUAGCAAUGAGAAUCAAGCUGAAGGUGUGCAAAUUAAUGAUGUGCAAUCUAAUGAUGUGCCUGCUAAUGAUGUGCCUGCUAAUGAUGUGCCUCAUACCAAUGAAGCUGUAAGUGAGAAUCAAGCUAAUGGUGUGCCUCAUACCAAUGAAGAUGUGCCUGCUAAUGAUGUGCCUCAUACCAAUGAAGAUGUGCCUCAUUCACAAAACACUGUCAGUUCAGCUGAGGCAAUGAAAAGGUAUUGUGGAAUUGAUCCUGAUGAAUUGGAGGCCUUGUUAGAUGAUGAGGAAAUACUUGACAUUGCACCAUUGAGAAUUGAUACUAGUCCUGUCAAGAGUAAAAGACCUGGUCCCAAGACCUUUAUUGGGAAAUGCCCCAAGGUUCCAAAAACUGUCAAACCAUCCAUUGCUCCAAAGGUGUCCAAAGCUGCCAACAAGCCAACUAUGUCAACUAUGAGUGACCCUGUAAAGGUAAUGAUAUCACCAAGGAAAAAGUCCAAUCUUGCUGCAUCUCCAAUUAGAAAGAGUGAUAGGCUAAGGACUUUGAAGGCAAAAAAUAUACCGGGGCCUGGAAGGGAUCAAAAUGAUCCACUUGAAAUUCCUGAUGAAGACACUACUGUGAGCAGUGCUAGUGGGAGCAAGCCAUGGGCUGACAUCCAAAAGAGCAUGACUCAGUGAUCCAUAAUUGUCCUACUGUUUUGUUAUUUACUUUGAAACAUUUGUGUGAUGUAUGAUGAACCAC